CAACGACGCUGCUGCGUAACAUCCGGCUUAAACAUGGCUGCGCCCUGACGAAUGUCACACUCUCUUGUGAGAAAGAAAACAUUUUGGUAAUAUUUGCAGGUCGAUCAAGAGUGGAGCGAAACAUCGAAAGGAGAAAGCUGUGACUAUCAUCUGUGCGUCAUUCUCCGCCCUGAGAGGGUGAUUCAUCAUGGUGCAUUUAUCGUCCCUCCUUUUGAAGAACUACCACGCCGGCUACGUCGUCAUCCGGCUCGCCCUCGCAGGCCACAAACAAGCCAACCGACCCUUUUAUCGCAUCGUGGCGGCUUACAACAAGAGGUCAAGGGAUGGUAAAUACAUCGAGCAGCUGGGCAGCUUCGACCCGCUCCCUAACAUCUACAAUGAGAAGCUUGUUAGUUUCAACUUCGACCGGAUCAAGUACUGGAUCGGCUGCGGUGCUCACACGUCCAAACCGGUGGCCAAACUUCUAGGGUUGUCUGGGUUUUUCCCCCUCCAUCCCAUGACGGUAACGGAGGCAGAGCGUCGAAGAGCUCAGGCGAAGCUGGCAGAAACGGAGGAGGAGAAACAGGCUGACGUGUGAUCGGAUCAAAGGGAAGCUGCUGUUUGAAAGAAAACUUAUAAAAACACGUUUUUCCUCUUUCUUGGUGGACUGCUCAAAGCAACUGAUCUAAUGUCUUGAAGAACAAACUUCUUCAAAAAUGUGAACAACUCAUAAUGUUGGGGGAAAAAAUCAACAGCUUUGAGUUGAUCGUAGAUUGACAAAGGCUGUAUCUUUUGGUUAUUUUUUUUAUUAUUAAAAAAAUGUGUCAUAACUGCAA